AUGGAAUCUGUUCUAAGCCAAGUUGGUGUAGUAUUUUCCCCUAAGCCACGUUUUGGUGAGACAAAAAAUGGAUUCUUAGGCACCAAUUUCAACAACAAUUGUUCCUUUGGUAGGAGAGUUAGGAGUGUGGUGGUGGUGAAAGCGGAAGCAGGGGGUGUGAGUAGUAUAAAUCCAGAUGUUAGGAAGAAUGAAGAAAAGGUUGUUGAUGCUGUUGUGGUUAAUGAACUCUCUAAGCCUGUUACCCCUUAUUGCAGAUGUUGGAGAUCAGGAACUUUUCCUUUAUGUGAUGGAAGCCAUGUCAAGCACAACAAAGCCACUGGAGAUAAUGUUGGGCCUCUUCUUUUGAAAAAAUGA